AUGAGCAGUAAAAUGCAAUAUGUUUCUUUGGAAACCUCCGCAUCCGGUCCGGCGACAUCAACGAUAAAGCCGUUUCAAUACUGGGUGGGGAAAUUUUAAGAACGCCUAGGUCGUUUUCAUACGACAACUUAUACGCUACUGCCAAUAUAGUUAUAGGUAUCUACCCUAAAUGUUCACAGUCUUCCAGUAGAUAUUCAACGAAGCAGUUGGAUGUCAUGGGUGUGCUACUGAGAUCCUUGUUGACAGCUGCCGUUUGUAGCACAUUGGUGUUAUCUCAAAAUGAUUUGCAAGAUGUUUGGCCACCAGGAUGGACAGAAAAAUGUAUUGGGUGUAUUUGUGAGGCUUCGUCGGGCUGCAAUCAGACUUUAGAAUGCGUUGAGCAAAAUGACGUUAAGUAUUGUGGAGUAUUUUUACUCAGUGAUAUUUAUUGGCAAGACGCAGGAGCGCCUGUGCUCAUAGGAGACGAUCCAAAUCGAAUUGGAGCGUUUGAACGUUGUGUCAGAGAUCCAUAUUGCGCUGCUCGAGCAGUUAACCAGUAUAUUCAACGAUAUGCAAAGGACUGCAAUCGAGAUGGAACGAUAUCAUGCGAUGACUAUGUUCGUCUACAUUAUUUUGGUGAAGCAAACUGUAAUACCCCCAUUGGUUCAUUACCAUACUACAGAGUGUUCAGAAACUGCAUUGCAUCUUAAAAAAAUACAUCAAACAUUAUUUAUUUACAGUUAAUUAUGUCGACUGUUAAUUUAUUUUUAGUAUAUAUAAUCGUUUUGUUUGAAGUUAAAAACAAUUUAUUAUCGGAGUAAAAAAAAAAAAAAAUUUAAUUGAAAACUCUCUUUUAAUAUUUACUAGUAAUUUAUUCUAAGGUUCAUGUUUUAAAAUAUAAACGAGUUUUCCAUUAUUUUAUCAAUCAAUAAAUGUAAUCUUUGAUAUCUCAUCAAUUACUAAUAUAAACAUCUGAAUGAUAUUAAUAAUGUCAUUGGUAUACAUUCGAUGCUAUACUAAUAAUUAUUUAUGACAGAUUUAUUGAUGGGGAUUAAAUAAAAUUACCCGAGUUAUAUAAAUAUCCAUUGCUUUAUUGACAUUUUAUAAAAUAUAUUAAAAAGGGGUUUAUUUAUAUAUUUGUAUAAUAUCAGUAUUUUAGUAAUUUACCUAUUUCAUAAUUUUAUCUAAAAUUUUAAUUUAAUUAUUUACAUUUAAUAUUUUUGGAAAAACGUGGACCCUAAAACAUAUAACUAUAACACAUAUAAUUCAAAU